CUCACAUGCAAAGACAAGGAAGAGCUGAAGAGUUAGCCACACAUGAAGCAGCUCUGUCUAUUUUAAACUACACAGGAUUUGACUCAGGGUAUUUUUAUAUCUCUUGCGGUGUGUGACAGAUUGUAUGUACAAAGUAGAGCCAGAGUAGAGUAUCAGUAUCUUUUUUUCACCUUUUUGUUUUGGAUUUUUCUCCAUCUGACUAUCUGUGUGUUGGUGUGUUCGGGUAAGAAAGAGAGAGCGUGUGUGUGUGUUUGUGUGAGUCUGCAUGUGUGCGUGAGAGAGAAAGAGGACCAGGAUGAUUGCGGCCCAGCUACUAGCCUAUUACUUCACUGAACUCAAGGAUGACCAGGUUAAAAAGAUCGAUAAGUACCUGUACUCCAUGCGUUUCUCUGAUGAGACGUUACUGGACAUCAUGCAGCGGUUCCGGAGGGAGCUGGUCAAAGGACUGGGUCGGGACACAAACCCCACUGCAUCACUGAAGAUGUUGCCAACAUUUGUGCGGUCAAUCCCUGAUGGAUCAGAGAAGGGAGACUUCAUUGCAUUGGAUUUGGGAGGCAGUAACUUUAGGAUCCUUCGCGUCAAAGUGAGCCAUGAGAAGAAACAGACCGUUCAGAUGGAGAGUCAAAUCUACGACACACCAGAAGAUAUCAUACAUGGAACUGGAACAAAAAUGUUCGACCAUGUGGCAGAGUGUCUUGGUGACUUCAUGGAAAAACACAACAUCAAAGACAAGAAGCUGCCAAUUGGAUUUACCUUCUCUUUUCCCUGCCAGCAGACCAAACUAGACGAGAGUUAUCUCAUGACGUGGACAAAGCGUUUUAAGGCCAGUGGAGUGGAGGGGAUGGAUGUUGUCAAGCUGCUCAACAAAGCUAUUAAGCAACGAGGAGACUAUGAAGCUGACAUCAUGGCAGUAGUGAAUGAUACCGUGGGAACUAUGAUGACCUGUGGUUUCGAUGACCAGCGCUGUGAAGUCGGAAUCAUUAUCGGUACUGGUACCAAUGCCUGCUACAUGGAGGAGCUGCGUCAUAUUGACCUGGUGGAAGGAGAUGAGGGCAGGAUGUGUGUCAACACUGAGUGGGGAGCGUUUGGAGAUGACGGCAGGCUGGAAGACAUCCGGACAGAGUUUGACAGAGAGAUUGACCGCGGCUCUCUUAAUCCCGGCAAACAACUAUUUGAGAAGAUGGUCAGUGGCAUGUACAUGGGUGAGCUGGUUCGUCUCAUUCUCGUGAAGAUGGCCAGAGAGGGCAUGCUGUUCGAGGGAAGGAUCACCCCCGAGCUUCUUACUAAAGGGAAGAUUGAGACCAAGCAUGUCUCUGCCAUAGAGAAGAGUAAAGAAGGUCUGAGCAAGACCAGAGAGAUUUUAACCAGACUUGGUGUGGAGCCCUCAGCUGAAGACUGCAUCGCUGUGCAGCAUGUUUGUACCAUUGUGUCUUUCCGCUCUGCCAACCUGAUAGCUGCCACACUAGCUGGCAUCCUGAUGAGGCUAAAAGAGAACAAAGGUGUCGCCCGACUCCGAACCACUGUAGGCAUUGAUGGAUCUCUUUACAAGAUGCACCCACAGUACGCCCGGCGUCUGCACAAGACAGUCCGUCGUUUGGUGCAGGACUCUGAUGUACGAUUCCUCCUAUCAGAGAGCGGCAGUGGAAAGGGAGCUGCCAUGGUGACAGCUGUGGCCUACCGACUUGCUGAUCAAUCACGACAGAUUGCUGAAACGCUCUCAGAAUUUCGUCUGACAACCGAACAGCUGCUGGAGGUAAAGAAGCGAAUGAGGAUAGAGAUACAAAAUGGCCUUUCCAAGAGCACUCAGGAUUCUGCUACUGUCAAAAUGCUGCCAACGUUUGUACGAAGCACUCCUGAUGGCACAGAGAACGGUGAUUUCCUUGCCUUGGAUUUAGGAGGAACCAACUUUAGAGUUCUGCUGGUCAAGAUUCGUUCCGGGAAGAGGAGAACAGUGGAGAUGCACAACAAGAUCUAUGCCAUUCCUCUAGAAGUGAUGCAGGGCACAGGAGAGGAGUUGUUUGAUCACAUUGUGCAGUGUAUCAGUGACUUCUUGGACUACAUGGGGAUGAAGAACACUCGUCUUCCUCUGGGCUUCACCUUCUCGUUCCCCUGCCGACAGACCAGCCUUGAUGCUGGCAUCCUGGUGACAUGGACCAAAGGCUUCAAGGCAACAGACUGUGAAGGAGAAGAUGUGGUGGGACUGUUGAGGGAGGGCAUCAAGAGGAGAGAGGAAUUCGACCUGGAUGUUGUGGCUGUCGUCAAUGAUACAGUGGGAACCAUGAUGACCUGUGCCUAUGAAGAGCCCACCUGUGAGAUUGGGCUCAUCGCUGGCACUGGCAGCAAUGCGUGUUACAUGGAGGAGAUGAGGAACAUUGAGAUGAUCGAGGGAGAUGAGGGACGGAUGUGUGUCAACAUGGAGUGGGGGGCUUUUGGAGACAACGGAUGCCUUGAUGACAUCAGGACUGAGUAUGACCGUGCUGUGGAUGACUUCUCACUCAAUCCAGGAAAACAAAGAUAUGAGAAAAUGUGCAGCGGGAUGUACCUCGGUGAAAUUGUGCGUAAUAUUCUGAUAGACAUGACCAAGAAAGGAUUCCUGUUCAGAGGUCAGAUUUCAGAAACACUGAAGACCAGAGGCAUCUUCGAAACCAAGUUCCUCUCACAGAUUGAGAGUGAUCGUUUGGCUUUGCUGCAAGUGAGGUCUAUCUUGCAACACUUAGGGCUGGACAGCACCUGUGAUGACAGUAUUAUAGUCAAAGAGGUAUGUGGAGCAGUGUCACAUCGUGCAGCUCAGCUGUGUGGGGCAGGAAUGGCGGCUGUGGUCGAUAAGAUAAGAGAGAACCGUGGACUGGACCAUCUGGACAUCACUGUGGGGGUGGACGGGACACUCUACAAACUACAUCCACAUUUCUCCCGGAUCAUGCACCAGACAGUCAAUGAACUGGCUCCUCAGUGUAACGUCAACUUCCUGCUGUCAGAAGACGGCAGUGGGAAAGGAGCCGCACUGAUCACAGCCGUGGGCUGCCGGAUGAGACAGGAGAUGAACAAUAAAUAGAAGAUACGUCUUCUGUCUGGCUGUUAUCUACCCUCUUCUGUGGGUUCCCCCUCUCUUCCCUCUUGCUCUGUCCUCCCCUCUAUUCACCCACUGUCUCCUCUCCUCCUGAAUCAAACGAGUCCAGUCAACGAAUCACGCUCCAGAAGCUGCUUUAGCCUGUCUAGAGGGAAAGAGAGAGCUUUUUCUGCUGUAUUAAGUAGCAAAGAGUCAGGCACUAUGUUGUAGUUAGAUUAUGUGUGAUUAACCAUUGUAAAAUAGCAAAUCUAUUAAGGUUUUAGCAAGUUUUUGUGAUUUCCGAGUUUAAACUUGUUGUGGAGAUUAAACAAGCACAUUCAUGUUUAAUCGGUGAGAAUGUGCAGGGCAGAAGGAAGUGACACACUCCUGUAAAUCUCAUGUGAGGUGUGUUUUUGUUGCCAUCUGGAGGAUUCCUCUGAAAACUGCAGUCUGUAUUAUAAAGUGAAGACAACAGCUGCAGUUGCAAAGUUGCUGAAAAAAGUGAAUGAGCCUUGCAACAUGUUUAGUAGAUGCAAGGACAUAAAAACACAGUUUUAGACCAAAGCAACCAAAGUGUGUCUGCUGUAGUUACUCACUGUCUGUAUGACAAGAUAUAAAAGGGAUAUGAGGUGAAAUAUAAAUGUCUAAUGAGGUUAAAGGGAAUAUUUUUGCUUUAAAGUUUGUAAUGUCUAACCCAGAUACAGUACAAUAUGUUAUACAUACAUUGUUAUUUAUUUUAUUUUUAUAUUGGUAUACUGUUGCAAUAAUGACGCACACAGAGGAAGCGUUUAGAAAAAAGUCCCUUCAGCAGUCCUGUACUGCAGGGCAAAAUAAUACAAAAGAAGGACUUAUACCAGGGAAAGCCAUGUUACGUGCUGGCUGGAUGUGCUUAUUUGGUCUAAUUUAUGACAACAAUCCUGUUCGACUCUAUUGUACUCUAUUGUAAAAUAUGUCCAAAGAGAACUUGUAUUUUACUAAGUAGAAAUCCUGUUGUAGGUACUGAUCACAGCUGAUUAAUUGUUGUUGUCUUAAGAAGUGCUGGCUAAGUAGCCAUCCUCAACAAUGUGUGAUGUAAUAUUGUAUGAACUCAUCAGUCACUUAGCAACAGCCAUGAAUAAAAGAAUGUAUGUGGUGCUAACAUGGAUGCCAGUGGAAGACCAAUGGCCAAACUGUGUAUAAGUAUAUAAGAACAUUACAGUGGAUGAAACUUUAAGGGGAUUUUAAACAUUUUCAGAAAGCUUCUCCCUAUAUUGCUCCCUGUGUUCCUUAUGCUCCUAAAAUUUCAGGAGGGUUUUUGAGUAAACUUCUGUAUGGCUCAUUCAAAUAGCAAUUUCAUGCAAAUUAAUGAAUAUUUAUUUGUUUCUCUUUAAUAAAAGCAAAUAAUCAUAUGUAUGGUUACCAUUGACAAUAUUCAUUGAAAGAUUGUUCACAGAAAUGACAAAGAUUGAUUCUUCUUCUUAUCAAGGUAGUGAUAUCCCUGUGGGGCAGGAACCUGUCAUAUAGCUGUUGUUGUGCAAGAUGGACAUUUGAGAUACUACAUUGUGUUUUACUGGCAUUAGUUAAUCAUAGUUACGAUUCUGGUUCAUCAGGACAUGCUAGUGCUAGCACAAUCUCAAAUUAAUAAUAGAAAGUUUGUGUUUCUGGCAAAAACAGGAGGAGGGCUGGGUGGAUUUCCAUGCCUACUUAGUAAUCAAACUGCCAUGAUAACGAAAGCCAGCCUUACUUUCUAGCAGGUCCUAAACUGCCUGCUGUAAGACCCCGAAGUAGUCACAAUGAAAGCCACCCCUCAUCACACAAACACCUUAAUCUCUUCGCUCCUGUUCACAAGACCCACGCUGUUGUCUGCCCAACAUUGUCAAUCAACUAGUCUCAAAUAAAGACAAACCUGUGUCAUGCUGUUAUCUUUGUGCCCAGUGUCCAGCUGAAGGGCUGUGCCACAUGACUGUCAAAUAAAA